AUGCUCCCGCCAACGACUCGCCUUCCGUCUAUCAAGGCGAUAGCUUCGACUCCAAGCGAUGAACUGCGAGAAUCAAUAGAAUCAAUACGGAAGAUAUUCAACCCGCCUGUUCGCGCCAGUCGUCGACGGCGCGCCGCCCAAGACGAAACCGACUUUGAAGCAUUGCGCUCAGAUCCCUUCGAACGAACCUAUGUGAUAACUUGGCUUACUGCUCUUGUUUCGCGCUACUCGGAAUAUGUCGAUGAACGUUUAUUGGCCGACGCUUCUGCUUUGCUGGCAAUCUGUGCAGGGACAGCCUGCGCGGGGGUUAUCACUCGAUUACUUUCUUUCCAGAGCGCGUGUGGACAACUGUCGAUUCAGCUGCGGGAUGUUCCGUUGGAUAACCAUGAUUAUGGGAGUGUGGGGGCGCAGACGUGGGGAGGGGCGUGUGUUAUGGCUGAGAUGAUUGCGGAGGAGCCGGGGAGGUUUGGGUUGCCGGUGGAAGGAGGGGAUGGGAGUCGGCCGUUUAGGAUAUUGGAACUGGGGGCAGGGACAGGUUUGGUUUCCUUGACGAUUGCUGAACUCUAUCGAAGGAUGGCUGAAGAAGGGAGGGUGACACCGCCUGUCGUCGAAGUCGUGGCUACCGAUUUUUAUCCGACUGUUCUCGACAACCUGGCUGCCAAUAUUGCGAAUAACGGGUUCCACGACGACGAUGAUAACGCCAACUCUCGGGUUCGCCUGCGGCAUUGCGCGUUGGACUGGUCGACUUUCGCUUCGAGUGUACCUUCGCCACCGCUGGACGAACCUUUUGAUAUGAUCUUUGGAGCGGAUAUUGUGUAUGAGGAAAAGCAUGCCGUGUGGAUUAAGGAGUGCUUAGCGAAGCUUUUGCCUCGUGGACCUUUACCUGGAGCCAUUGCGCCAACAACGCCGUUCUUCCAUCUCAUCAUCCCACUUCGUGCGACGCAUACCUUUGAAUCUGGCACUAUCGAGACUGUGUUUGGGGGAGGGGAGGAGGGUGACUCGGAGGAGGAUUUGGUUAUUCAUUCGAGGGAGAUGAUUACUUGUGAAGAGACGGAGUGUGGGAAGGAGGAGGAGGUUGUUUAUGCGCUUUAUAGGAUUGGUUGGGUUCGUCUUUAA